UGGGUUGUUAUAAUUAUAGAAUUUUGAAAGCUUGUCACGUUCUUCCACAUUAAACACGCAAAAUUUGUAUCAUUAAUGCUUAAAGCCAAAUAAAUAGCUUGAAUAGUUUGUAGCUUGGUCAAUCUCUACCUAACAAUCCAAAAAAAAAAAGAAUAGUUUGUAGUUGAAAAAGUAAAAAAUAACUUAAAAAAAUGUCAAACCAGAGCACAAGUAAGCCAAAGCUCUCUAAGGGCAUUUUGGACAUGAAGUUUAUGCAACGGACCAAAGCGAAGGUGGAUAAAGAAAUUGAAGUUGCCGAGGGACGAGCUAUGUACUCCAGUGAAUUGACCAGCAGAAUGUUAAAUACCAAUUCAAAUUUUAUAAUUGAGCCGAGUUACGUAUCUUGCGAGAACCUCAUUGAAGGCCGCUUAAGUUUUCGAGGGAUGAAUCCCGAGAUUGAAAGAGAAAUGGAAUUGGAAAAGUCCGAGAAAGAAGCAACCACUAAACGGCCCGAGCAAGAAGCAGAAGUCAGCACGAACGACAUGAUCGAAUUCUACGCUGCGGCCAGUCAUACAAUACAGAGAAAAUUCCAGAAACAUAAAAAAGUAACCAAUAACAAACGAUCUAAUAGUGAUAAUACAAUGAAUAAAAAAAAUAAAAAAUUUAAAAAACCUGAAAGUGACGAUAUUGGAGAUGAAAUUUUGGCCAAGUAAUUAAAUAUAGUUGUAAGUUAGUACUUAGUUUAUACAUAAUAAAAUCCAGUAUAUGUGUAGACGACUGCGGAAGCAGAGCGCUAACACUUGCACUCUACCAA